GUGUAUGGAGAAUAGCAGCCAGUAACAAGCAGCCAGAGAAAGAUCUGUCCUUCCUCCUUCAUUCCACUUCCACUUUUCUGAUCUUCAAUCUGAUCAUCUCUACAGACCAGAUUUCACACUUUUAGAACACUUAUAUCACUUGGAGAAACACACACAUCCAGGAUGGCAACCAUUACCUGCACACGCUUUACGGAGGAAUACCAGCUGUUUGAGGAACUAGGAAAGGGGGCCUUUUCUGUGGUGCGGAGAUGUGUGAAAGUUCUCUCUGGGCAAGAGUAUGCUGCCAAGAUCAUCAAUACAAAAAAGCUGUCUACUAGGGAUCACCAGAAGCUAGACAGGGAGGCUAGAAUCUGUAGACUGCUGAAACACUCCAAUAUUGUACGGCUACAUGACAGCAUCUCAGAGGAAGGUCAUCAUUACCUCAUCUUUGAUUUAGUAACAGGCGGUGAACUAUUUGAAGACAUUGUGGCCAGGGAAUAUUAUAGUGAAGCAGAUGCCAGCCAUUGCAUUCAGCAGAUUCUCGAGGCAGUACUUCAUUGCCAUCAGAUGGGUGUUGUGCACAGAGACUUAAAGCCAGAGAACCUGCUCUUGGCUUCCAAAUCCAAAGGUGCAGCUGUGAAGUUAGCUGAUUUUGGCCUUGCAAUUGAGGUUGAAGGGGACCAGCAGGCCUGGUUUGGCUUUGCUGGCACACCUGGUUACCUGUCCCCUGAAGUCUUGCGGAAAGACCCUUAUGGAAAAGCUGUUGACCUCUGGGCAUGUGGAGUGAUUCUCUACAUACUGCUCGUUGGCUACCCACCGUUCUGGGAUGAAGACCAACAUAGACUCUAUCAGCAAAUUAAAGCGGGGGCCUAUGAUUUUCCAUCACCUGAGUGGGACACAGUGACCCCUGAGGCAAAAGAUCUAAUUAAUAAGAUGUUGACUAUGAAUCCAUCCAAACGCAUCACUGCUGCAGAUGCACUAAAGCACCCAUGGAUUUCACAUCGCUCCACUGUUGCAUCUUGCAUGCAUAGACAGGAGACUGUUGAAUGUUUGAAGAAAUUCAAUGCCAGAAGGAAACUCAAGGGUGCUAUUCUCACUACAAUGCUGGUCACAAGGAACUUUUCGGGAGGAAAGAGUGGGGUCAGCAAGAAGACAGAUGGUGUCAAGAAAAGGAAGUCCAGUUCAAGCAUCCAGUUAAUGGAGUCAUCUGAGAGUACCAACACCACAAUUGAGGAUGACGACACUAGAGUAAGGAAACAAGAAAUCAUCAAAGUAACUGAGCAGCUUAUUGAAGCCAUCAGCAAUGGAGAUUUUGAGAGUUACAUGAAGAUGUGUGAUCCCAGUGUAACAGCAUUUGAGCCCGAAGCCCUGGGAAAUCUGGUGGAGGGGUUGGACUUCCAUCGCUUCUACUUUGAAAACUUGUGGUCAAAGAACAGCAAGCCAGUUCACACCACCAUUCUGAAUCCUCACAUCCAUGUGAUCGGUGACGAGGCUGCCUGCAUUGCCUACAUUCGCAUAACGCAAUACCUUGACAUAAACGGCAUGCCCUGUACUGCACAAUCAGAGGAGUCACGGAUCUGGCAUCGCAAAGAUGAUAAAAAGUUGAAGCGUCACCUGCUUGAGGACAUACAAAUUCCAGCUUUUCAUGUUUAUUUGAACGUCUUUGCUCCUCUGCUUUAUCCUGACAUUCACAUUAACAUUUAUUCCAUUUUGCUCACAUUUCUUUAUAGAUAAACAAUAUCUUUGCCCUGUGUGGCAUGAUGUUUUUUUAUCAGCGAUAAAGGAAUAAGGAAACUUUAUUGUCUAUAAUGCAAUUAAUUUUUUUGAGUAUCUUGAAUAUGUUAACAAAAUGACUUGCCAUUUUUUAACAUAAAUAAUAUGGUUACAAAAAUGUUUUGAUAUUAUAGCACAAAUUAGAUAUUUAGAGAUGAAACGGUUACAGCAGAUUGUUACCAGUGAUUUAGAACAAAUAAAAAAUGUGUGAUUUGUUUAAAUUCAAUCUUUUUUCUGUCCAGUACACACAAGAAACUCUUUAGUCUCUCUUUUCAUGCCUUAAAAUGUGUCUUAAAUGUUUUAAUUUUCAUUUUCAUUUUAAAACACCACAUUUAUACUGUUAUGUUGCUUGAUUGUUUCCUAAUAAUUGGAUUAAAUGCCUAAAUGUAAUGUUUAACUGUUAAAUUUGUCUCUAGGUAAUGUUGGACUUUUUUGCAAUUAGCCCAAAGAAUGUGUUUAUUCUGUGUUUGUGAUUUUACUAAACCACAUUGAUAUCAUUACACUGUAAAAAAUGAUGUGUUAAAUUUUUACACAUUGUGUGGGUCAAGUUCAUUACUAGCGUUACUUGCUGACAAGACAUUUCUGAUCUAAUGUCGCAGGACGGUGGUGGGCGGCACAAUGAAUAAUAACACAGAAGGUGUGUUAGUUUAGGGACAACACAAACUCAUUUAAAUUUCAGUAAUUGUAACUGCGUUACUUGAUUUAAAAAAAAAAAAAAAACUUAGUUACUUGCUCAUUACCGCUUAAAGUAGUGAAAUUACAGUAACGGAAUAACAGUAACGGAAUUACUUUGUAACGCAUUACUCCCAUCACUGUUUUAAACACAACUUGUGUUGUCCCUUUCAUUUAUUUUAAUAUGAAAUAACGUAUUAAAUGGCAUGACACACACAAUGUGUAAACAAUUAACACAUCAUUUUUUACAGUGUAAGUGAAAUAUGAACAAGGUUGUCUACUGAACCACUACUUUUCCAGUGGUUCAACACCGCACAUUUGUUCAUUAAGACUUGUUUAAUAAAACAUAGUAGGCAUUAGUGAAUUUGCAAUAUACUUCCUAGCCCUUGCAAUCAGAGCUGCAAAACAAGAUCUAAUUAAUAAUUUGAUCCACACUGCAAAAACGGAUGGAUCAAGUAGCUGAGUAGGAUUCAACCCUAAUAUGCUAAGGGUUAAAGAUGUGGUAUUGAUGAUAGAAAUAUCAAGACAGAAACUGCAGUCUUUUUGGGUUAAUCAAUGCUUUUGAUCAGGGUUGUUUUUGUAUAAUAUUUUUCUCUGCAGUCUGAUACGUUGGUAUGACAUGCUUAGAGCACUUUUAUUAAGUUCUUCCAGAAGAAAUAACUGGUAUAUUUGCUCUUCCUUUUAUAUUUAGGAUUCAACCUUCAGCUUUAAGGAGAGCAAUACUGCUUUCUGACCUAAAAGGCAAAAUAUUGUUUUUGUAAACCAUUUUGUCUGCAGUCAGUUAUAUGUUUUAAUAUAUAAUAACCAUUUACAUUAGAAAAUCAAUGUUUAACUUAAUGCAUAAACAUAUUUAUUUAAUGUCACCUUUAAUUAAACAAGUGGUGAUAGAAAUGCUAUUUGUAAUAUAUAUGUUGUAGUCAAAUUAUCUUAAAUUAUUUGUUUAACUUUUUAAUAUAUUUAAAAAUAUCUUUGUCAUAAUAGCUUGAAAUAUUUUGAUGUCUAAAUUUAUUCAGAGUAUUUGUUUAUUGCAAUGCUGGUAAAGAAAAUAUGAAAAGUAUUACAUAAAUUGUACUUUUUUAUAGGUUAUUUAGUAAUUUAGUAAACUCAUAUUAAUAAGAACAAUUUAGCACAUUACAUUAUCAUUAAUGAGUCAAGAAAGAGGGUAGCCAUAUUUCCAAUUUAGGAUCAAAAUGAUCCACAUUUUCACCAUUUUGAUAUUGUAUUAAAGCUAUCUUUGUUUUGGGCUGUUUAACUGUUUUACUCUUUCACUGUUACAAGCAGAAAAAAAGCUUCUGCUUAGAAUAUAUAUAUUAACACAUCAAUACAUGUUUUACCUUUGCAACUUGUAUGCACAUUUAGGCCUUGUCCACAUGGACAUGGGUAUUUUUAAAACCGUGACUUUUUUCACACAGUUCAGCCGUUCGUCCACAAGGAAACGCAGUAUCAGGUCAUUGAAACUGCAACCAGCGUUUCUGAAAAUCCUCAGCCUGGCAGGGGUUUUCAAAAAUGUUCAGUGUUGUCGUCUAGAUAUUAAAACCAUUCUUUUUUUUUUGCUUCAGAUUAAGGCUUCUGAUUGGCCAACGUGGCUUUACAAUUAUGGUUAUAUCACCCCCUGAUGGUGUGGCAUGCUCUUGACAGGGCGUGAUAGCCAGUGGUGUAGUCUAGAUGUUUGUACUAUACUGUGACUUUUCUCCUCUCACCCUUAUGCUCACUAGUCCCAGCGCAACGCAUCACCACACUCACAGAUGCAUACAGUAUGGAUCUUCAUGUAACAGAGCAUUCUGAAAGUGUACUCAUAAACACAUAAACUGAAUGUGUUAUCAACAUGUCAGUUUAUUAUAAGAAAAAAUACUUUAACAGCCAAUAGGCAGCUGGGGAAACUGUUUAGACUUGUUUAGUGUUAAUCAACAGCUAACUUGGGGCCAAAACUUAAUCAACUGUUAAUGAAAAUUAAAUAAACUGUUUACAAUCUUCAAUCCGUGGCUAACACAUGCAUAACUAUUGAUAACAUUACAAUGUGUAAUUUAAUGGUGUAAAUGUUUUUAAUUAAUACACAUUUAAGAUGACCAUGAAUUAACUCUAAUUUGCAUAGUCAUUGAUAUAAAAAGCUUAUUUUUUGCAGAUAAUACAAGCAUUGUCUAAAAAUGAAAAUAGGCUUUUACUUUUACUAAGACCAUCAUGUAGCCUAAUAUUAGACACCCAAACCAAGUGAAGAAAAUUAUCUUUAAUUUGCAAGUCUGAACUGAACAUCAACGCAGACAUGAAUUUCCUCACAGAAGUUUAAGAUCAUCUUGAACGUAGAUAUAUAAAUGAACACAGAGAAGGGAAGUUUAACACUGUGAAGCACAAGCAAACAUGUUGAAACCAUCAGGACAUAAACAGGCUUAUUUUAUUGCACUUGAAACCUUACCUCCAGAUAAAGUAUUAAACUGGACUGAUGAUUUAAAUGUUGUUUACUCACAUGUGUGUUGUUAACUCUGCAGCACUGCUCCACUUGUUCACUUCUCCACAUGGACUGUUUGUUUAGAGUGUCGCGUGAGCAGCUACACUGCAGGUUCGACUUCAUUUGGCGCUAAGCAGACCUCUUGGUGAUGUCAAAGUACCGCGAGAGCGAUUCAAAGCAGAUUUCUCCAUGUGAUAACUGGAAUCGCUCUCGCGCUACUUUGUUGUCACUCGCCUGUGGGUUCUUGUGGCGCCACAGCAGUCUGCUCCCCAGUCACUCUAGCGCCGGUAUAGUAGUAAUUUGAUUUCAUAUGCCGAUCGGAUCGCGCAGUUUGGCAGGAAGUCAAACACACCAAAUAUAUAGCUUAUGUAUAUCCAUUUAAACCCGCAAAAGUAGCAAGUGUAGCAUGCUAAUGUUUAGUGCUUCACAUCUAAAUUAUGACUAAAAGUUUGAAAUGUCACAAAACCAUGCUGUUAAGCAUCCGCACGCUAUUUUUAGUGGGUAUACGGAAAUCCUUGACAAUUCCUAGUGGGUAUACGGCGUAGUCCUGCAUAUCACGUAGACUACACCACUGGUGAUAGCGUGUUUUUGCUUUUUCAUGUAGAAUUUCUAGGUUUCUUUUAAACUGAGCAUGUGUGGAAGGGAUUUUUUUAAACCGCAGGAGGAAAAACUCUGGUUAUAAAAACACCAGUGUCAAUGUGAACUAGGCCUUAGAUUUACCAGAAACACUUUAAUUUGUGCAGUUGGUGAUAUAUUUGUUACAAUUUAGGAUGAAUUAAUUAUGUUCUAAAAAUAUUUGUACUGUUGUAUGAACUGAAGUUACCUAUUGUUGCUAAUUGUUAUUAUUGUUAUUACAAAAAGACAAUGUGAUGAUUUUAUGCAUGAUUUUUUAUGGUUUUACUUUUUAUCUAAAAAAGGUGGGUUUAGCACUGUUUGUAUAUAAAUAGUAUAAUACGACAGACUAGAGAAAUCACAACUAACAUUGACAUGCCAUAAUCAAUAAAUUCCUUUAAGCAUUUUUGACUUCCAAUAUUGAAUACUUAUUAAAGGGAUAGUUUACCCAAAAAUUUGAAUUCUGUCAUCGUUUUUUCAUCCUAAUGUUGUUAGGAACCUGUAGAAAUGUCUUUUUGAUUAACACAAAAAAAAAUAAUGAUAAAUGAUGGUAAGCACACAGCUGAUUGUAACCAUUGAAUUCCUUAGUAGAAAAACAAAUACGAUGGAAUUCAAUGGGUACCAUCAACUGUGUGCUUAUCAUAAUUUGUCAAAAUAUCUUCUUUAUCAUUUAUCACAAUACAUUCAUAAUAUUUGUUUUCCUGCUAUGGAAGUGAAUAGCGAAUCAGAGGUGUGAUUACCAUUAUUUUUUCUAUUUAGUACCAUUAUUUAUCCAUUUAUUCUUUUGUGUUCAUCAAAAUAAAAAGUGACACUUUAGACAUUUUACUAACUAUAAGGAACUUUGCGACUACUUAUCAACUACCAAUCUUUAGAGAAUUAGUAGACUGUCUGCUUAAUAUUUACUAACGCUUUAUUGUGAUGAUAUCUCAACAAACAUUCAACUGUCUAUAAGUAUCUUUGCAGGUGCAUGUCAACUUAUUCCAGUAACCUAAACCUCUUCCUUAACCCUAACCCUUACAGUCUACUAAUACUCUAAUGACAGUUAGUUGACGUAUAGUUGCAAAUUAUUGAAAGUUAGUUGACAUGUAGUUGCAAAGUUAUUUAUAGUUAGUAGAAUGUCUAAAGUGGACUAUCAAAAUAAAGUGUAACCAAAUAAAAAUCUCAUGCAGGUUUAGAACAACACAAGGGUGAGUAAAUUACAGAAUUUUUUUAAUUUUUGGGAGAACAAGUGUUUUAUUAUGGACACAAAUUUGUUUGAGUUUCUUUACUUGAUAACUUGAGAAAGCCACAUUUAGAAGUGCAAAAAAUAAAGUGCAUGAAAACGUGUUUUGUGUCUUCUAGUAUGAUGUGGAUCAGUGCAAAUGUUGAUGUUCUUUGACAAAUGUAUUUUGUUGAGGCAUGCUGUUUUUAUACAGUUGGGUGAUGUUUUCUGUGUAAAUUGUAUUUUCCACAGUUAAUCUUUUUUUUUGCAAAAUAAAAGUGCUUCACAAAG